UUGUUUCACUCCUCCUUGUUCACAUAAGAAGCCUUCCAUUUCUUUUCACUGUGUAUUUUCCUGUUUUUUGAGGAUUUAAAUUCGAGUGAAAAAUGUCGGAUAGUACGGCCACUUGUGUAGAUAUUAUUCUUGCCAUAAUUCUCCCUCCUCUUGGGGUCUUCCUCAAAUUUGGUUGCAAGGUGGAAUUCUGGAUUUGCUUGGUGCUGACCCUUUUUGGGUACGUGCCCGGAAUUAUUUAUGCCGUUUAUGCGAUAACCAAAUGAAGAAGCCUCAGUCAAGGUGGGUGGAUGGAUGAUGCCGUUACGGUGCAUUAAAUGCAUAACGCCGUUACAGUUUAUGCCAUGUGUUUGGCCUUUUCUUUACAGUGUUUUUAUUUUACUCAUUGUGGAUUUGCCCGUUUGCGAUCAUGUGGUGGUGGGUUCCUUGUCACUUUUCAAGUUGCAAAUUUGAGUUCAUGGUUUUAGAGUGAGUGGGUGGUGGUGGUGGUUUAAAGACUAAUUUGUGGAAGACAUUCCAAUUUGUGUAAAUAAUUAACUAUGUGAUUCGUAUUUAUGUGAUUUAAAUUUUUGAAA